UGGACCUGUUGUUGGCCGUCUCAUCCUUCAGGAAAUGCCACUUUUCUUUUUGAUGCUGCAUUGCCAAUCAUAGUAUCUCAGGCGUGUUGUUGUUUUUUGUUAGUUUGUGGCACAACUCCACUCAACCCCAAGAUAGUUGGAGGACAAGAUGCCCCUGCAGGCAGCUGGCCCUGGCAGGCUAGUCUGCAGAUGUCUGGAAGCCAUUUCUGUGGAGGUUCACUGAUCAACAAGGAGUGGGUUGUAUCUGCUGCUCACUGCUUUUCAAGCACCAAUCCAAACGGGCUGACUGUGUACUUGGGUCGGCAGACCCAGCAGGGCAGCAAUCCCAACGAAGUGUCCAGAAGCGUGGACAGAAUCGUCUUGCAUCCCAAUUACGACAGCGACACAAGUGACAACGACAUUGCUAUGCUGAGACUCAGUUCUCCCGUUCAGUUUAGUAACUUCAUCAGACCGGUUUGUCUGGCAGCCAGUGGCAGUGUGUUCAACAAUGGCACAGACAGCUGGGUAACUGGAUGGGGCAACAUUGGAGAAGGUGUUGCUCUCCCAUUCCCCGAGACCCUACAGGAAGUGGAGGUUCCAGUGGUGGGUAAUAGACAGUGCAACUGCCUGAACGGAGCUGGAACGAUCACAGAGAACAUGAUCUGUGCUGGUCUACUCGCUGGCGGAAAAGACUCAUGUCAGGGUGACUCAGGAGGUCCAAUGGUGAACAAGCAGCAAACGGUUUGGGUCCAGUCUGGGGUCGUCAGCUUUGGGUUUGGCUGUGCUCGACCUGAACUCCCUGGUGUUUAUUCAAGGGUGUCCCGCUACCAGUCCUGGAUCGGCUCCCAGAUCCAGAGCGACCCACCAGGCUUUGUCACAUUCUCCUCCCCUGGAGCCGAUGGUGACAGUAGCCACACCUGCCCUGGACUUCCGCCCCCACCCCCACCCUCCCCGGAUGUGACAACCCCAGCUCCCACUGACAGUCUUUCAGCUGAUGUUUGUGGCACAACUCCACUCAACCCCAAGAUAGUUGGAGGACAAGAUGCCCCUGCAGGCAGCUGGCCCUGGCAGGCUAGUCUGCAGAUGUCUGGAAGCCAUUUCUGUGGAGGUUCACUGAUCAACAAGGAGUGGGUUGUAUCUGCUGCUCACUGCUUUUCAAGCACCAAUCCAAACGGGCUGACUGUGUACUUGGGUCGGCAGACCCAGCAGGGCAGCAAUCCCAACGAAGUGUCCAGAAGCGUGGACAGAAUCGUCUUGCAUCCCAAUUACGACAGCGACACAAGUGACAACGACAUUGCUAUGCUGAGACUCAGUUCUCCCGUUCAGUUUAGUAACUUCAUCAGACCGGUUUGUCUGGCAGCCAGUGGCAGUGUGUUCAACAAUGGCACAGACAGCUGGGUAACUGGAUGGGGCAACAUUGGAGAAGGUGUUGCUCUCCCAUUCCCCGAGACCCUACAGGAAGUGGAGGUUCCAGUGGUGGGUAAUAGACAGUGCAACUGCCUGAACGGAGCUGGAACGAUCACAGAGAACAUGAUCUGUGCUGGUCUACUCGCUGGCGGAAAAGACUCAUGUCAGGGUGACUCAGGAGGUCCAAUGGUGAACAAGCAGCAAACGGUUUGGGUCCAGUCUGGGGUCGUCAGCUUUGGGUUUGGCUGUGCUCGACCUGAACUCCCUGGUGUUUAUUCAAGGGUGUCCCGCUACCAGUCCUGGAUCGGCUCCCAGAUCCAGAGCGACCCACCAGGCUUUGUCACAUUCUCCUCCCCUGGAGCCGAUGGUGACAGUAGCCACACCUGCCCUGGACUUCCGCCCCCACCCUCCCCGGAUGUGACAACCCCAGCUCCCACUGACAGUCUUUCAGCUGAUGUUUGUGGCACAACUCCACUCAACCCCAAGAUAGUUGGAGGACAAGAUGCCCCUGCAGGCAGCUGGCCCUGGCAGGCUAGUCUGCAGAUGUCUGGAAGCCAUUUCUGUGGAGGUUCACUGAUCAACAAGGAGUGGGUUGUAUCUGCUGCUCACUGCUUUUCAAGCACCAAUCCAAACGGGCUGACUGUGUACUUGGGUCGGCAGACCCAGCAGGGCAGCAAUCCCAACGAAGUGUCCAGAAGCGUGGACAGAAUCGUCUUGCAUCCCAAUUACGACAGCGACACAAGUGACAACGACAUUGCUAUGCUGAGACUCAGUUCUCCCGUUCAGUUUAGUAACUUCAUCAGACCGGUUUGUCUGGCAGCCAGUGGCAGUGUGUUCAACAAUGGCACAGACAGCUGGGUAACUGGAUGGGGCAACAUUGGAGAAGGUGUUGCUCUCCCAUUCCCCGAGACCCUACAGGAAGUGGAGGUUCCAGUGGUGGGUAAUAGACAGUGCAACUGCCUGAACGGAGCUGGAACGAUCACAGAGAACAUGAUCUGUGCUGGUCUACUCGCUGGCGGAAAAGACUCAUGUCAGGGUGACUCAGGAGGUCCAAUGGUGAACAAGCAGCAAACGGUUUGGGUCCAGUCUGGGGUCGUCAGCUUUGGGUUUGGCUGUGCUCGACCUGAACUCCCUGGUGUUUAUUCAAGGGUGUCCCGCUACCAGUCCUGGAUCGGCUCCCAGAUCCAGAGCGACCCACCAGGCUUUGUCACAUUCUCCUCCCCUGGAGCCGAUGGUGACAGUAGCCACACCUGCCCUGGACUUCCGCCCCCACCCCCACCCUCCCCGGAUGUGACAACCCCAGCUCCCACUGACAGUCUUUCAGCAGAUGAUAGUUGGAGGACAAGAUGCCCCUGCAGGCAGCUGGCCCUGGCAGGCUAG